AUGGACAAGUUCACAUACUACGUUGACUAUGUCCUCAGCAUCACGGGCUACGUGAUAGCUUGGGUCAACAAGACCGCCAAGGGCAUCGUCCGGAAACUAUUCGGGUUGAACCCAGAGUUUGUCGAGGAGACCGACCAGGAGGUCAACAACAAUGAACAGCCGAAAACCAAAGCCGAGUUUGUCUCGAACGUCAGGAAAGCAUUCCAAGGCACUCCCGCGGAGAGAUUCUUCAAGAACAAUCCCAAGUUCAUCGAGGAGCUGGCAGAGAAAGCCGCAUCGCUAGCCGAUGAUCCGAACACGCCCAUCUGUAACAAAGAACUCUUGCCCAAGACUGCCCAGGUUACAAUGCAUCAGCAGGUACUCUACUGCGACGACAGCACGUCCAUGAAGCGCGAAGGCCGCUGGGACUCCCAGAACCAGCUCAUCAACCGAAUCGCCCGGGUCACCACCCGCAUCCUCCCCGAAGGCGAAGGUGUCUACAUGCGUUACAUCAACCAGGAGAUCCCCAGUUCGGACAGCCUCAAAUUCGAGGACCUGCUCGAUGUCGUCAGGCCGCUGACGUGGGGCGGCGACACCCCGAUCGGCACCAACCUGAAGAGCAAGAUCCUCGAGCCCCUGGUCUACAGCAAGCUGCCGGAUGAUCUCAAGAGGCCCCUCCUCGUCUCGGUCAUCACUGAUGGGAUGCCCGAACCGGAACCCCGGUCGACCCUCGUUGAUGCCAUCGCUGAGUGCGGCGAUAAGCUCGAGGCUGCUGGUCUUCCCCGUGAGAGUGUCAAGUUCAUGAUUGGGCAAGUCGGCUCGGCCAACGCGGCAACCAAGUUCUUACAAGACAUUGGUAAGGAAUCGAGGAUCGCAAAUGUGGUAUUUGUUGCUUCAGAAAAGUUGGACGUCGCCUCUUCAAAGCUGGAAAGUGAUUGGAAAAUGGACGAACGGCUUAUCGAAACCUUAUAUGCACCCAUCAUGAAGAGUGAGGGUAAAAAGAAGCAGUAA